UAAUAAUUGAUAAAAAAAUACGAAAAGAAUAACAAAGAGCAAACUGAAAAUUAAGGGUAAAAAAGAAAGUAACAUCUCAUCAGCAGGCAAAAUUCUAAUAUUUUUGGGGAUUCUUGAUGAUCAUAUCUAUUCGUAUCCUUGCGUAUUAAUUGUGCAACAAGUCGUAAAUUGAGAAUGGAGAAGGAGGCAAAGAAGCUGGUUUCGCGUCUAACUCCAUGGAUCUUCUUGCUCGUUGUUCCUCUGCUCUACGUCGAUAUUAUGUGGAGCAGCAAAAUCAAACUCGAGCAACGCUUGCAUUAUUCCCCUCCUGCAACCAUCUCCAAUAAAACUGUUGAAGUAAACUCCAAUUCGCUGGAUUUUCUUCUCUCGAGAUUAGUUCAAGAGGAAGACCAAAAGAAUUUCAGAUCUACCGGGUUUUCGUGCGAUGCGCAAGGACACUCGAAGCACUGUGUUACAAAUCGAGCUGUGCGGAUCGACACGGCAACUAUGACAGUCUCAAUUCCGUCGGGGGAUACGGUGCAGGAGACGUGGCUUCGUCCUUACGCUAGGCAAGAAGACGAAAUUCUUCUGCAAAAGGUGACGCCGGUGAAGAUAGUGCAGGGCAACAUGACGCCGCCGGUCUGUGAUCACAGCCACGGGGUCCCUGCGGUGGUGUUCUCCUCCAGCGGAUUCACCGGCAACGUGUUCCACGAGAUCAACGAGAUCAUCAUCCCUCUCUUCAUCACCGCCAGACAAUUCAACUCGCGCGUGCUCCUCGUCAUGGAGGACUACAGGCCUUCCUUCGUGGAGAAAUACGGCAAACUCCUCGCUCACCUCACGUCGUACGAGAUCCUGAACCCCGCCGCCAAUCGCAGCGUCCAUUGCUUCCCGGCGGCGGUGGUCGGGCUUAAGUUUCACGGCCAUCUGUCAUUGAACUCCAGCGAUAUACCGAGAGGGCUCUCGACGGCAGAUUUCCGGCAGUUCCUGCGGCAAUCACUGAAUCUCAGGUACAGCCACGUGUCUCAGAUCAAGAGGCCGACGGUGAUGCUGCUAUCGCGCACCACGACGAGAAGGAUCAUAAAUGAAGAUGAAGUUGUGGCAAUGAUGGAGGAUUUAGGGUUCCGGGUGGUGGUGGUGCGCAGAGCAAAAAUGGUGUCGAACAUCAACAUAUUCUCGGGGAUGAUAAACUCGUGCAGCGUGUUCGUGGGGGUGCACGGAGCGGGGCUGACGAACGAGCUGUUCCUGGCGGAGGGGGCGGUGAUGGUGCAGGUGGACCUUAUCGGGCUGGAGUGGGCUGCAGCCACUUACUACGGCGAUCCGGCUCGAGCAAUGGGAGUGCAUUACUUGAGAUACAAGAUCGAGGCGGAAGAGAGCUCACUCUUGAAGAUAUUUGGGUCUUCAAGCCAUAAGGCUUUCACGGACCCCAGGGCUGCAUUUCCGGUGCAGGCAGGAAAGGAAGUCUACCUUAAUGGCCAAAAUGUUAACAUUAGUGUGGACAGGUUCAGGCACACUAUGGCUAUGGCAAUGAGCCUCGUUCAAGAUUAAUUAAUCUCUUAUUUUCAUCAGGAAUGAAUCAAUUUUAUUUAUUACA